AUGGUCCCUUAUCUCGGCAACUCGGACAAGGUCGAUGAGCCUCAACCCGAUAUCAGUAUUUCAAUCGACAGAGGCGGUACUUUCUGCGAUGUAAUUGCCACUGUUGAGGGACGCGAGGACAUCAUCUUCAAGCUUUUGUCUGAGGACCCCAAUAACUACCCAGAUGCGCCCACGGAAGCAAUCCGCCGUGUGCUAUGCAUGGUUGAGAAUCGCGAGAUCCCCAUAGGCGAGAAGCUGGAUGCCUCAAGACUUGCUUCUUGUAGAAUCGGAACCACCGUUGCUACCAAUGCCUUGCUUGAGCACAAGGGCGAGAAAUUCGCCUUUGUUACUACCAAGGGUUUCAAAGAUAUUUGUGUCAUCGGAGAUCAGACUCGGCCUAAGCUGUUUGCUCUGAAAGUCGUCAAACCAAAGGCGCUACAUGACAAAGUGGUAGAAAUCGAUGAGCGCAUUACCGUCGAAGAUUAUGAUCUGAACCCGGCGCCCAUGGACAAGAAAGCAGAGAUCACCGAUCCCAAUCUGAUUCGCACCAAGAGCGGUGAGAUCAUUCGUGUGCUGCAAAAGGUCAACCUCGAUGAGGCCCGUACCAAGCUCCAAGCUCUACGUGACGAAGGCUACAACUCAGUCGCAAUUUCAUUCAUGCACUCCUUCCUUUACCCUGAUCAUGAAAACGAGGUUGCGGACGUGGCAAAACAACUAGGAUUCAAGUAUGUCACAACCUCGAGCGAGAUCAGUCCCACCAUCAAAUUCCUUAGGAGAAGCACGUCAGUGUGCUCUGAAGCAUAUCUCUACCCAAUCAUCAGGCGCUACGUCGAAAAUUUCGAAUCCGGGUUCAAGAUCCAACCAAAGCGGGUAGAGUUCAUGUGUUCGGACGGUGGCCUCAAGCAGGCACAGAAGUUCCGAGGAAAUGAGGCUCUUCUCAGCGGUCCUGCUGGAGGUGUCGUUGGUAUCGCCAAGUCCUGCUUCGACGAAGCUGUAGGCACGCCUCUUAUUGGCUUCGACAUGGGCGGAACCAGCACUGAUAUCUGCCGAUACGAUGGCAAAUAUGACUACCUCACCGAGUCUCGCAUUGCGGACCGCACACUCAACUUGCCCAUGUUGAACAUCCAGACAGUUGCCGCGGGAGGUGGCUCUAUUCUCUUUGCCCGAAGUGGACUCUUGGUUGUAGGACCUGAGAGUGCUGGAGCGUACCCCGGUCCUGCGAGUUACCGCAAUGGUGGCCCAUUGACCGUGACGGAUGCCAACCUCUUCCUUGGAAGACUUGACCUUUCCUCUUUCCCCGCUAUCUUUGGUAAAAAUGCCAAUGAACCAUUGGAUGUCGAGGUCGUCAAGGAGAAGUUCCAGGCCAUCACCAAUGAGUUCAAUGCUCAAACCUCUCAGAAUCUGACGCCAGAAGAAGUUGCUCUAGGAUUUCUUAAUGUGGCCAACGAAACCAUGAGUCGACCGAUUAGAAAUGCUACAGAGGCAAGAGGAUAUGCCCCUGAAGACCACGAUCUGGUCAGUUUUGGAGGCGCUGGUGGUCAACAUGCUUGCGCUAUCUCCGAGAAGCUUGGAAUCAAGCGCAUUCUCAUUCACAAAUGGUCUUCGCUGCUCUCAGCAUAUGGAAUUUCCCAAUCUCAACUACAGACUGACACUACGGAACCAUACUCUGGGGAUUGGAACUCUGGUGAGCUUCCUCAUAUUCGUCAGUUGAUGGAAGGCCUUAAGACGCGAGUGCGUGACGAGCUGGUUGCCCAGGGCGCCAAUCCAAAGACUCUGCAAUUUGAUGAGUCGCUCAGCAUGCGAUACUUUGGGACAGACACAAAUAUGUCCAUCUCUCGCCCGCAGGAUGAAGACUACGGAAAGGCAUUUACCGCGGAGCACCUUCGCGAGUUUGCCUUCACUCCAAGGAGCCGCAUCGUUGUUGACUCGGUUCAGGUGCGAGGAACCGGAACGACCAGCAUGAACAUCAAGCCAACACCACCAACCAAAGCUCUAGAGGAAAUCAAGAAGGCUCCGAUUCAAGCAAAAUCACAGGAGUAUCAGUCGAUGUAUGUCGAUGGCAAGUGGGACAAUGCCAACAUUUAUCGGUUGAGCAGCAUCCCUGUUGGAACAACCAUAGACGGACCGGCGUUGGUUGUUGACGCCACUCAAACUAUCUUUAUUGAGCCUCGCUAUCGCGGCUUCAUCCUACCGGAGCACGUGGUGAUUGAGAAGAUUGACGAGUCGAUCGUCCAGACAUCAGAGGCUGAAACCAACACCCAGGAAAUUAGCCCUAUCCAGCUGUCUGUCUUUGCCCAUCGCUUCAUGUCCAUAGCGGAGCAAAUGGGCAACACGCUCCAGAGGACGUCUAUCUCUACGAGUAUUCGUGAGCGUCUAGAUUUCUCUUGUGCCAUAUUCUCCCCUGAUGGCCAGCUUGUCGCCAAUGCGCCGCACAUUCCCAUCCACCUGGGGAGCAUGCAGUUGGCUAUUCAGGCCCAGCACAAGCACUGGGCAAGAAAGCUGAAGGAAGGAGAUGUUCUCAUGACUAACCACCCAGAAUGGGGUGGCACUCACCUGCCAGAUAUCACUGUGGUGACGCCUGUGUUUGUUGGAGACCAGAUCGCUUUCUACACUGCCAGCCGAGGCCAUCAUACAGAUAUUGGCGGAAAAGGAAUCACUUCCAUGAUGCCCGAUUCCUUGGAGUUGUGGGAGGAGGGAGUCAACGUCCCAGCAAUGAAGAUUGUCAGUGGCGGCGAAUUCCUCGAGAAGGAAGUCAGAGAUGCAUUUGAACUCGCCGGCAGCUUCCCCGGCUGCAGUCCUACACGUCGAAUCCAAGACAACAUCUCUGACCUAAAAGCCCAAACUUCUGCCAAUCAACGCGGAAUCACACUGCUCAAGAGGCUCUGUGACGAGUUCACCCUCCCGGUUGUGCACAAGUACAUGGGCGGUAUACAGGCCAACGCAGAGGUUGCGGUCCGUGACUACCUAAAGAAGAUUGCAAAGAAGCAUCCUGAAGGUCUCGAGGCUACGGAUCGGUUUGACAACGGUACCGAGGUCAAGGUCAAGAUCACAGUUGAUCCCGAGACUGGCUCUGCAGUGUAUGACUUUGCUGGUACCGGGCCACAGGGAUGGGGUAACAUCAAUUGCCCAAUCUCGAUUACCCAUUCCGCUGUCAUUUACACUCUACGUUGUCUGAUCGAUCUCGAGAUCCCGUUGAACGAGGGCUGUCUAGCCCCUGUUGAUAUACGAGUUCCCAAGGGAUCUGUGCUCAAUCCUGAAUCCUCCGUCGCCAUCUGUGGAAGUACCCUGGCAAGCCAGCGCGUCAUUGACCUCAUCCUACGUGCUUUCAAGGUCGUCGCCGCUUUCCAGGGCUGCGCUAGCAGUUUCGGCUGGGGCAUGGGCGGCAGAGAUCCCAAGACUGGUGAGAUCAUCCCUGGCUGGAACUACGGCGAGUCUCUCGGUGGAGGCACCGGCGCCGGUCCUGGCUGGAAUGGUGAACAUGCUGUGCAUGCUCAUUCCACCAACACCCGUAUCACAGAUGCCGAGGUCAUUGAGAAGCGCACCCAGGUCAUUGUCCGAAGACACGAGAUCAACCGCGGAACUGGCGGCCGUGGGAAGUGGAACGGAGGCGACGGUUGUCUUCGAGAAAUCGAGGCGAGAAUUCCGCUCAAGUCCAGCAUCCUCAGUGAAAGACGCGUAUUCCCCCCUUAUGGAAUGGAGGGUGGUGAUCCAGGCAGUGUCGGACGUAACUUUGUAUUUCGAUGGAACGAUAAGGGAGGAUUGGACAAGAUCAGACUAGGUUCGCAAGCCGUGGUUCAUCUUAGGCCAGGGGAGAGAAUGCAGAUCAACACUCCAGGUGGUGGAGGCUGGGGCAAGCUUGAGUAA